AUGCAAUUGUUUUAUGAACAGGAACAACCAAGAGUUUUCCAAGGAUAUUGGGAGGAGUUCGGAGAGAAAGUGAAAUCAGCAGCUCCCUUUUCAGCUCCAAAGGAGCAACAAGAAGAGGUUCCUCCCAAGACUGAUAUCUAUGAUGUUGUGUCCCAAGAUCUCAGCUGCUUAGAAAUUUUAUGCGACACAGAGUUUAGAGAAGACUUCUUAAAACUGUUUCAAGAAUCUCUGCAGACAAUUUCCAGUGUUGGCCCACCUACUAUUCUAGCUUAUAGACCAGAGUCAUCAAGAGCAGAUAUUCACAUUGAGGUUCCGAAGGAAACCCUAGAAACCUGUGAAUUCUGUGGAAGCCCCAUAAAAUACUUCCCUUCAUUUGAAAGUCUGGAACACAUAGCAGAAUGGGGAAAUUUUUUCUGUUGCCAGCAAUGCCGGGAGCUUCAUGAGUUCAUUGUCAGUGAAAAAAAUCGCUAUCAAAAGAAAAUGGAGAAGAUUGAUGUUGCCCCUCAUAAGGCCCAUGGAAGUCAAGCUGAGCGAGAACGGGCAAAAGAAAGAGCUCGACAAAGGCUCAAAGAGAGACAAAUGGCAAAACAAAUUGCCUUUAUGGCAGUAGAAGCAGAAAGGAGUGCAUUUCCAAUACACAUCCCUGACUACAAUAAACAGCUUAAAACAAUUUCCUUCUUCCUAUCUCAAGAGACACCUACAGCAAUAAUUUAUCCACAAGUAAUUAAAGAAACAGAGAUUCUGGACAAUACAUACAGCAUCUCUUGCUGUGAUUUCACUAUUGCAGGUGGAAAGUUGAUGCAAAACCAAUUCAUACAACAGUACUACAAAAAUGGUGUGAAGUUCCUUACCAUGUUUCCCGACGGCACUGCACAAAUAUUCUAUCCAUCUGGAAAUCUGGCAAUUAUUGUUGUACAGAAUGAAAAUGCAGGGUACAUUUGUAUAGUCCAAGAAGAUAAGUGUGAGAAGCCCAAAAUCCAGGCAGUAUUUGACUCUUGUGGGAAAGGAACUUGUUAUCAUCCAAACCAAAUUGUAUGGAUAAACAUUACAAUUCGAGGAGGACAUUACUCAGAUCAGGCUGGCAACAAAGUAAAAAAAUGGAUUUGGCCCAACAAUUUACAGAAGCACAAUCCCCGUGUAUCAUUUAAACCUAUCUUUCUGUCCUUGAACCUUAAUGUUGGUGUCAGGAUACUCGGGCAAGAUAAAAUUGCCAUUUCUUUUCUUGCAAUGGGAAAACAAGCAAAAAUCAAUGUAGGAACCAAAGUGCAGCCACUUGCUGAACACCUUCCAUGGCCAAAGUACGUAGCUGAAGAUGACCUUCUGCUCUUCGCCAAUAGAUUAAAAAUUCUUCGCAUCUUUGCUAAACUGAAUAGAUAUUUAGACUUUCCUGCCAGUGACUGGUGGACUAAACUGCAGCUCCCUUCAUUUCUUUUGAAACAGACUUCGAAGUUAAUACAUCUUUGUAAAGAAUGUGAAAUAGGCUGUUCUCUGGAUAAGUUAAUAAUGGCAAUAGUAAAAUCACCAGUUUAAUCAACAGCUGAUAGUUGAUUGAUGUUGACUGAAGAGUCUUAAGUCACUUUCUUGUUUAAAAUAUUUAAUAUUUAUUCAUCUGUUGAAUUCCGUAAGAAAAUUUAUUUGUAUUAUAUUUAUGUAUUCAUAAAAUAUACUAUAUAUGGGUAUCUUCUUGAAUGUUCUAUGUCGCAUUAGAAAAUAUAAAUAUGAAGCAAACUUCAAUAAGAAAAUUGAAUUAUAUGCCAUAGGAUUCAAUAACUAUUCAUAAAACUCUAGAUUCAUUUUGCUAUGGUUAAAAAAAUCAUAAGCUUUUAAAGGCCAUACUUAUACUAACUUACAUAAUUCAUCUGUAGUUUUUAUUUCUCCACACCUCUUUAAGCAAGAUAGUAAAUAAAACAGAAUGGGUGGGCUGAGGAAGAGGAUGCUCAAGCCACUGGCUUGCAUUUAGUUACAAUCUGGAUGGAAUUAGAUUUUACCAGCCACUGUCAUGUUUUCAGAUUACAUCCAAGUUUUGUAAAAGCUGCUGGAAAAGAUUUGUUGUUCCCACUGUCUGAAAUCAAAUCAUCCAGUUGUUACUCAGAUUCAUCUCCAUCUUUAGGGAAAAUACCUAAUGCAUCUUUAUUAAGUGUAAAAGCAAUAGAGGAGAAAAAGGUAUCCUUUAUAUUAACAAUGUUGUCUUGUUGAUAAACAAACCUAGUCUUGAUAUAUUAACAAAGUUUUAUCUACUACACUUGGAGAAAACUAUUUUCUAGGAAGUAUGUUCCAGGGGCAGAGAAUAAAACUUUCCAUAUACAAUGCUGGUGCUGAUAUUUUCCAAACCGUAGAAUACUUAUUAUCAUAAAAAGGAAAUACUCUUAAGCAGCAGUUAGAUCAUUCCAGAAUCUCAAAAUAAUGAGCAUGUGCAAUGUUCAUGUGCAAUAAAAUUAUUCACGAUCACUUGACCCCUAUUUCAUGACUUGUAAUAGUUCUAUUAGCAUAGGUAAAUUCCAUUUAUGUGUAUAUGUAGUGAUGAUUUCUCAAUUUUAUAGAUGAUUUUAUAGAAGCACUUUCUAUUGCUAUUACUGUCAUUCAAUCAAGGCAUUGUCUUACAAACCAAUUUUUAGACAAAAAUGGUAUGUGAAUUCUUGUUUAUCUUCUGAUCUCUCCUUUUCCUUUUAUGAGUUAAUGGACUAUUAGAAACAGAUGUUUAUAAUAAAUUAUACCCUCCAAGGAGCAGAUAGGAAUUAAAACAAUGAAAUUGAGUAAUAUGGUAAAACAGCAGCAAAAGUGGUAGGACAUAUAAUUAAAAGGGAAGCUGGGAUGGCCGUUACUUAUUUUCCAUUUCUUUUCAUCAACUCUACCAAGAAAUCUAUAUUAGUAAAGCACUACAAAAGUAAAAUUAUGCAUCAAAAUAAAUACUUUAUAUUCCUAUGGAUGCUUCCCUAGAUGUAAACUUAAUUUAAAUCAAUGUGAUUUAUUUUUGAGUAGGACACACUAGUAUGUGAAGUUCAAUAUUUUAUCUAAGUGUAAUUUGCAGAGGCUCUUUUUCAUCCUAGUUUAUUUUAUCAUCUAUAUA